UAUCUGCUCCUCAAGCUGCUCAUCUCUUCACUCAGCACAGAGAGUCAUCACACACUGACAAGAUGCUGCCAGCACUCUGCUCUCUCUUCACUGCUCUCUCAUGUGUCAGUGCUGUGACUGUGGUGACACAGAAGCCUCCUGUUCUCACGCCGACUAAAGGAGAGAAGACCACUAUGCACUGUAAUCUGGGGACUGUUACUAAUCAAGCUGCUCGUUGGUAUAAACAGGUUCCAGGAGAAGCUCCACAGUAUGUGUUAAUGAAUCACCAUAGCUAUAGCUCUCCUUACUAUGGAUCUGGCUUCUCCUCUCCUAAAUUCACAUCAACACACUCAUCUCAAUCAGAUUACACUUUGAUCAUCAGUAAUGUGGAGGUAGGAGACUCUGCAGUGUAUUACUGUGGGAUGUGGGACAGCUCUGCUAGUGAGUGGGUAUCACACACUGUGGUAUUCGGCCAAGGAACAAAGCUGAUCGUCACUGACUCUGCUCUCCCGGCUCCUGUUCUGACCAUCUUCCCUCCAUCCAGUGAAGAGCUGAAGUCUAACAAAGCCACUCUAGUCUGUUUGGCCAAUGACAUGUCCAGCAUUUUUGCUGAUGUGCGUUGGCUGGUGGACAGAAACCCGAUCAGCAGUGGAGUGACCACUGGCUCUGCAGAGCAGCAACCCAAUAAGAAAUUCAGACUGAGCAGCUAUUUGACCAUUGAGAGAUCAGAGUGGGAUAAAGAUAAAGCCAUAACAUGUGAAGUGUCUGCUGCCUCAAAAGCCACAACUAAAGAGAUUAAGAAGUCUGAAUGCAGCGACUGAACCUGAUCACAUCUGAUACAUUUUCAUUCUUUUCAUGCAGACUAACAGUUACUACUUGGCAGAGCUUCAUAGAAACAGUAGUUUAAUGUGUAGUGAAAGAUGCUGAUUUCAUUAACAACAACUGGAUCAUCUCCUGCUUAUGGAGUCAUUUGACUUUUAUGUUUAUGAACAAAACUGUUUGAUGAACUUUAAUAAAAUGCAUAACUUAAAAAACUUUGUUGUCCAUUUUUCAUGGUGAUGGAGAACCAGUAUAAUGUUCUAGACAUUAAAUCAGAGAGACUUCAGCACAGAACCAGCAUAAUGAAACAAAUGUAGCUGUAAAGAAUAACAGUGAGAACGACUAAAAGAGUGGAACAGGUUUAUACAGCAUUAUAAAAUGAUCAGAUUUUAUUCUGGCUGUAUAGUGAACAGAGCUUUGGAGACUCAGUUAUAAGGAGAUGGUGUGAUAUCUAUGGUUACUGAUGAUGCCACUGAAAAUGUAAAAGGAUGAUCUAAAGCAGAUCAGAGUCAGUGAUCACUGUCCAGACAAGUGCAGUAAAGAGAGUGAAUUCUAAUGGAAUUCUCCUGUGAGAGAUUCAGAUCUU